AUGUAUAUUUAACAGAUUGCUAGACAGACCAUCAAUCGAUGUUGUUUCUCAACAGCAGCAGUAAAUGAAGGCACAUUCUUAGAUUAAGUGAUGGCUUACUUCAACAAGGCUGCUGGACAUACAAAAAUAAGUCAAGAUAAAUUGGACUUUUACAAGAGCACUGAUAUCGUGAUUAAAUUCAAUUUACCAUUGGUGAGAGAUGACGGAACAUAUGUUUGCGUGCCUGCAUACAGAGCUCAACAUAAGACCUAUAGAUUGCCUACAAAAGGAGGAACAAGAUUGAGUCCACACAUCAAUAUCGAGGAGGUAGAGGCAUUGUCAUUUUUGAUGACAUUAAAAAACUCUAUUUUGGAUUUACCUUAUGGUGGUGCUAAGGGUGGCAUUGGAAUCAACCCUCGUAAAUUUUCAAAAAGAGAAAUUGAGACUUUGAUGAGGAGAUACACUUUGGAAUUGGCAAAGAAGAAUUUCAUUGGUGCAGCUAUUGAUGUGCCAGGACCAGAUCUCGGAACAGGAGAAUAAGAAAUGAGUUGGAUGAAGGAUGCAUAUACCAAAUUCAAAGGACACCAAGACAUCAAUUCUGUGGGAUGUGUGACUGGUAAAGCAAUCAAUUAAGGAGGAAUAUCUGGCAGAUAAGAAUCAACAGGAAUGGGAAUAUUCUUUGCCACUAGGGAGAUCUUGAACGAUGUGAAGUAUUGUCAAUCUGUGGGAAUUGAAUCAAGUUUGAGGGGAAAAUCAAUAAUAAUUUAAGGAUAUGGAAAUGUUGGUUCAUUCUGUGCUAAAUACAUGUAUGAUUACGGAGCCAAAAUAAUUGGAGUGGCUGAACACGAUGGAUCAAUCUAUAAUCCAAAUGGAAUCAACCCAUAUGAGUUGGCUGCUCAUAAGACUAAGACUGGAGGAGUCAAGGGAUUUGUUAAUGCUUAGAAGUAUUGGGAAGACGAGUCAGCCAUCUAUCAAUAAUGCGACAUAUUCAUCCCAGCUGCUUUCGAGAAAACAGUGAAUGUUAACAAUGCUGAUAAAUUCAAUUGUAAAAUCAUAGCUGAAGGUGCCAAUGGACCAACUACUAUGGCUGCAGAAGACAAAUUAUUAGCAAAGGGUGUGAUAUUUUUACCAGACAUUUUGCUUAAUGCUGGUGGUGUUACAGUUAGUUAUCUUGAAUGGUUAAAGAACUUAAAGCACAUCAAUCCAGGAAGAAUGACAAGAAGAUGGGAGGAGUAAGCAAAACAUAGAAUUCUUGAAGUCAUUAAAAUGAGUACAGGUCUCAAUAUCAAUAUUAAGGACAGUAAGAUUGCUAAAAAGAUGUUGGAAGGUCCAUCUGAAACUGAUCUAGUGCAUACAGCUUUGGAGUAAUCCAUGAUAGAGGCAGUCAAAAAUAUUAUGGCUACAUCUCAAGAAUACAAAGUCAAUUUAAGAUUGGCAGCUUAUAUUAGUGCAAUUAAUAAGUUAAAUGAACAUUUUGAAAUUUCAGGAGUUGAAGCAUGAUUGUUAUAUACAUAAAAAUAUUCAUUAAAAUAAGUCAGAAUAAAA